CUUCCGUCCGUCGCCAGCCAUGGCGUCUCGCGCUCAUCGUCCCGCGAAGCGAGCUUCGGGCCCCCAGAGCUCCGAGCGUUUUUCCAUCCCAGACCUCGACACCGCCGCCUUCUUAUCGUCUGACAAAGUCCUCUUUCACGUCGAUCGCUCCCGCCUCGCACGCGAUGCGCACGGCUUCCCUCCACAGGAGUUAGCGCCGCCCCAACCGAGUGAAACGAUCCCGCUCUCAGAGGACGCGGUGACGCUCGAACUGCUCUUCCGCAUCAUAUAUCGCGAGGAGCGCGUCAGGCUCGACAGCCUGCCUUUCGAGAACAUAGCGGCACUCGCGGAGGCGGCAGAGAAAUAUGACGCGUAUGCUGCGAUCAUGCUUUGUCGCAUCGCCAUGGAAACGCAUUGCGAAGAUCAUACACUGGCCGUCAUGAGUUACGCAGCGCGUCACGGGCACAAUGACAUCCUCGACAACGCAGCCGGCUUCUCUGUUGGACUUGACCACGCAAGGGUGCGGGAGAUAUUGCCUCUGAACCACUUCGCUGCAUGGGCUGUUUAUGUCAGUCAAUAUAGCAAGCUUGCGAAAGAAAUGGUAUGCGGAAAGAACUAUCAAGUCUGUGCAGGAUGCACAGAAAAAAUCGUUUGUAAAGCGUUGGAAUAUGGCCCUGACUGCCUAGCGAAACGGGACACCUUGUUCUCAGUGGACAUCAUAUAUCCUCAGACUUCGACAGUCUGUAAGAGCGGGAGAGCGUGCAAAGGGCCUCUCCUCCGAUGGAGGGAUAAUCUUGCUGAGAAAGUGAAUGAAAUGCGGCCUUUGACUAGCUUCCUGUAGCUACCCAUUACUGGCACCCUUAGCACUCGUCUUAUCCUUGUACCCGUAUCUAUGGCAAGAAACUCGACAUCGGUUUGAUCUUUUC